GGUCCAACUCGGGUUAACAUUGAUGGGUUUGAGAGCCCACUAAAGAGACCGUUGGGCCUCAGCCCAACCUUGUCCAUUGUAUCAUCAUCACGGUGCUAUGGAUUGAGAAACACGUUUCAGAAGCGACUGUAUUUCUUUCUGCGCAUUUCUCCACUCCGCCAUUUAUGUACACCUUCCAGUCUCCUCUCUUCUUCUCCAUUCCCACUAGCUUUCGGUGGCUGAAUUGGCCGACGAUACAUCAUGAGACAGUCGUCGGCAUCCACAGACCGCAUGGCCGCGGGCCCCGGCGCCGGCCACCGCGACGCAGAGUCGCUCUUCCGAUCCAAGCCCAUCGCCGAAAUCCGUAAUGCGGAGGCGACAACCAGGAAGCAGAUCCAGGACAAGAAGGAAGAGCUCCGCCUCCUCGUCGGCAAUCGGUACAGGGACCUAAUCGACUCGGCCGACUCAAUCGUUCUCAUGAAGUCCUCCUGCCACUCCAUCUCUUCCAACAUUGCUUCAAUUCACUCCCACAUCCGCUCUCUCUCCCCUUCUUCUACCUCCGCCGAUUCCCAAACCCUUAAAUUCACAACCCCUAAUCCGGCCCGCCUCCGAACCUACGGAAUCGCCUGCCGGGUCAAGUACCUGGUCGACACUCCGGAGAACAUCUGGGGAUGCCUCGACGAGUCCAUGUUCCUCGAAGCGGCGGGAAGAUACAUUCGUGCUAAGCACGUCCAUUCCCAGCUCCUCGAUGGCGGUUUGGAGCGGGAUCACACCAAGAUACUGUCUAACUUCCCUCUCCUGCAGCACCAGUGGCAGAUCGUGGAGAGCUUUAAAGCCCAGAUUUCGCAGCGGAGCCGGGAGAGGCUGCUGGAUCAAGGUCUUGGCAUUGGGGCUUAUGCCGAUGCGUUGUCGGCAGUUGCCGUUAUAGAUGAAUUGGAUCCUCAACAGGUACUUUCUCUGUUUCUCGACACUAGAAAGACUUGGGUUUCUCAGAAGUUGGCCACUUAUGGAGGGAAUGUUGGUGAGAACAGUGCUGGUACUGGUGAGCUUGUUGUGUCUGUGUUUUGUGAAGUGUUGAAGAUUAUCCAGAUCACUGUAGGACAAGUUGGGGAGAUGUUUCUGCAGGUUUUGAGUGAUAGGCCCAUGUUCUACAAAGUGAUUCUUGGAUCUCCUCCUGCCUCACAAUUGUUUGGCGGGAUCCCCAGUCCCGAUUCUGAGGUGAGAAUGUGGAAACUUUUCAGGGAAAAACUUGAGUCCACAAUGGUAACACUUGAUAAGCAGUAUGUUGCCGAGACUUGCUUGACUUGGUUGAGGCUGUGCGGCCGAGAUACUGUGAGUGAGAUCAAUGGUAAAUACUUGAUUGAUGCUAUUACUUCUGGCGGAGAGCUCAUUUCGGCUGAGAAGUUGAUUAGAGAGACGAUGGAUAGCAAGCAGGUAUUGGAAGGAAGUUUGGAGUGGCUUAAGAGUGUGUUUGGAUCCGAAAUUGAGUUACCUUGGAGUAGAAUCCGAGAGCUUGUUCUCGAAGAUGAUUCUGAUCUGUGGGAUGAGGUGUUUGAAGAUGCUUUUGUUCAGAGGAUGAAAGUUGUCAUCGAAUCUGGAUUUGAGGAUCUGGUGAGAGAUAUUGAUUUGGAGGGCUCCCUUCAUGCUGUUGGAGGUGACCCUGCUGAGUGUAUUGAUUUCCAAGCAUACUUAAACAGACCAUCAACUGGGGGAGGAGUCUGGUUCAUUGAUUCUAAUAAUACGAAGAAGCCUGGUGUAGCUUCUGGUUAUAAAGUAUCACUUGAAGGGAAUGAUUCUGGGAGUUGUCUCAAUGCGUACUUUGGCCCUGAGGUUGGCAGUAUCAGGGAUGCAAUUGAUAAACGUUGUCAAGUUGUACUUGAGGAUGUUCUGAGUUUCUUAGAAUCUCCCAGGGCAGCUCCCAGAUUAAAGGAACUGGUUCCUUUUCUACAAGAAAAGUGCUAUGCCUGCAUGUCUGCCAUACUUGCAGAACUCAAGAGAGAGCUUGACAAUCUGUAUUCUGCAAUGGGAAAUGUCGGUCAGUCUAUGCCUGCUGCCUUAGUGGUUGAGAGAUCUAUAUUUCUUGGGAGACUUUUAUUUGCAAUCCAGAACCACUCGAAGAACUUCCCACUGAUACUGGGGCCUCCAAGGUUGUGGUCCAAAGGUACUUCAUCAGGUUUUGAGAAAGCUCCAUCUGCUUUGAGGCAAUAUAGGAUCACGGCUUCUGAUUCUCUUGAUAGUCCUGGCCAGCAGUCGUCUGCUGGAUCUAGGAAACAGAACCCCUCUGCCACUGCCGUUCUUAGUGGAACUAAUGAGGCUGGGAGCCAUAAACUUGAAGAACUGGGUGAAAUGAUCAGAGAUCUUUGCAUUAGAGCUUAUGGCUUGUGGAUAUCAUGGCUAUCUGAUGAGCUUUCUUCUAUUCUUGCUCAUGAUCUUGGGAAAGAUGAUGGAUUGUCAGCAACAACCGCCUUGAGGGGUUGGGAUGAGACAGUAGUUAAGCAAGAGCACUCUGAUGAUAGCCCAUCCGAAUUGAAGAUUUCACUUCCUUACAUGCCUUCUCUCUAUGUCAUCUCAUUUCUGUUUCGUGCGUGUGAAGAGGUUCAUAGAAUUGGAGGCCAUGUACUUGACAAAGCAAUCCUCCAAAAGUUUGCCUCCAGGUUGUUGGAAAAGGUUUCUGAAAUAUACGAGCACUUCCUUUCUUCAAGGGAUUCUCUAGGAUCCCCAGUAUCAGAGAAAGGUGUACUACAGAUUCUGUUGGACCUGAGAUUUGCAGCUGAUGUUCUUUCUGGAGCUGAUUCCAACACUGCUAAGGAGUUACCUAGAAUUCCCAAAGUGAAGGUUUCCUACAGAAAGAAGCAGGAUCAGAGCCAGACGAAGGCAGUCUUUAGAGAACGGAUUAAUGUACUAAUCCGAUCUUUCUCACAAAGAUUGGAUCCAAUCGACUGGCAAACGUAUGAGCCAUACCUUUGGGAGAAUGCAAGACAAUCAUACCUGCGACAUGCUGUUCUCUUUGGAUUCUUUGUGCAACUAAAUCGCAUGUACACGGAUACUGUGCACAAGCUACCUACUAAUCCUGAAUCAAAUAUCAUGCAAUGCUCUACUGUUCCUCGCUUCAAAUACUUGCCAAUCAGUGCACCUGCAUUGUCUUCCCGAGGGACUACAAAGUCAUCCUUCCCAGCAUCCAUAGAAGAUGCAUCUUCCAGGAAUUUGUGGACAGCUUAUGGCAACAGAGAACUUCCUUCCAAGAUUAAUUUUGAUGACAGUUCAAGUUUCAGUGUAGCAGCACCAAUUUUUAAGUCUUUCAUGCAGGUUGGGAGCAGGUUCGGCGAAAGCACCAUGAAGUUGGGUUCCAUGUUGACAGAUGGACAAGUGGGUAUGUUCAAAGACAGAUCAGCUGCUGCCAUGUCAACAUUCGGCGAUAUUUUACCUGCCCAAGCGGCAGGUCUUCUGUCAUCAUUUACCACUGCCAGAUCUGAUUGAUGACCUAAUUCACCUGUCUGCACAAAGAUGAUUCGGUUGGUAAGAGAUGGUAGUCACCUUAACACAGCAGAAAGCUUUGCCCAGGUUCAUAGGCAGAGAAUCAAACAGUUUUUCAGAUUGAUUGCUGGAACUUGACUGAAGAGUGGUUCACAAGGCAGUGCUGGUUCGUUGACAAUGUGCAUUUCCUGUCACCUGUGUUAUACUCAACUAGGUGUAAAGUACCGGCAAUUUACCUUACACCCGAAUGGUGGAAAAACGAAGAUUUUCUGUGUUCUCCUGGCAUUGCAGUGAGCCAUCAAUGGCACUUCUGGAGUGUAAAUGACGCCAGCUUCGCAGAUAUAUAAAUUGGCAUCUGCUAUUCUGUUCUUUCUUCAAUCCUGUAGUUCGUAGCGAGUUUUUUGAAGAUUUCUCCUGCAUGGCGGUUUUGAUCAGGAGGCUAGAAGAGAGAGCUAGCUGCUUUUGCCCCCCAAGAUUCUUGCUCUCUGUUUACAGGGUUUCUGUUGUUGUAAAUAACAAUAUAUAGCCUCCAGAAAUAACUACUAUCCUUUAGCAAUGGGGUUAGGCGCUUGUUAAUCUCAGACUAUAUACUGUUUUAGGCACUUCUUUUUUCCGCUUAACACUUUGAUUGUUUCAGAUAAAAGGUCAUCAGCCAU